GCAUAUAGAGCUGUCUCACACUAAAUCUGUUGCUAACAUUUCGCACUUAUUAACAUUUACCUUCUAUAUCUCGUAAACUACAAUUACAGCAUCCACAAUGGCAACAGAAGACACCGUCGACCUGAGCGCCGCACACGCGCCCCAACAAGCAUCCCUCGAGGCAUUCACCUCCAUCCUCGACACCGUAAAGAGCGAACUCAUCAAACUCCGUCGCGACCAUGACAAGCACGAACCCGAAUACUUCCGCGCAGUCUCCCACCUCUCUGACAGCGAACUCGCAUCCUUCAGCGCCGACGACCUCGAAUCCGUUCGCGUAGCCGUGACAGCAUACGGUCUGCAUCUGUUUGGCAAAGUCAAACUUCCCGCUUUAGACAACGGAUACAUCCACAUUCGCAUCUUUGGGUCUGCGAAAGAGGGGACGGAUGGGAGUAGUCUUGAUGAGAGGGAGUAUAGUUUGCACAGUAUACAUACUGAAGAGGUGGUGAAGGAGGAUGGGGAUAGGGUUUAUAGAGCAGUGUUUGGGAAGGGAGAUGAGUUGGAGUGGUUUGAGACUUGAUUGUCAUAUUGAGAUGUCUAGACA